AUGUCAUCAAAUAGGUAUGCGCAUUAUCGGUGCCUUCUUGGCUAUAUCGAAGUUUUUUCUGGACUCCUUGUCAACAUAGGGGAAUUGCUCUGCUUACGUGUCCCCCUUCUACUGCCCACAAUUGCCACCUACCAUGUGGGCACCAAUUAUGAGGGUCCUCUGAGGCUAUUUGAUCCCAUGUCCCAUGCCGGAGCCAGCUGCUGCAAAGCACUCGCCUUUGUGCGGCAAUUCUUUAACACCUUCAGGUCAAACCUCAUGCUUGCCACAUGUAUUCACAUGGGAUGGGAAACUAUUCAGCCGCUCAGCACCUUUACGAGUCUGUGUGCUGUCUUUCUAACUGCUCUACUGUCCUCUAUUCCGGUCCUGAUUCUCACUGACCACUGGAAAGUGUGGAAUCUGACAAUCUGCGAUUUUAACCAACGAAUACACUCUCUUCUUCUUGCCUGGACGAACGUGCACUGCAUCCUCUAUUGUGACAACCUAGUUUCCCUUUUGAUAGUUUUUACUCUCGGAUGGAAGGUAAACGCCCUUCAGCGUCAAUUCGAUGCGAGUUCCAGGUAUCUUCGUAACACAAUGCAUAAGUCUUCCUUCAUGUCAGCUCUAUUCACUGGUCUCAGCUCCAAACUAAAAUCAACUAGCGAAAGACUCGUUCUUCUCUCAUACUACUGUCGUUUUGUAGCAACCUUUAAGCUGCUUUCCGUCAUUGCGAAACUAGGCGUUUUCUUGAGCAAUGGAAAAUUGGCGGUAACACCCUUGGAUUAUACUAGUUUCUGCCUAUGGAAGGCAACAGUUGACAAUUACGCCUGUCUCUUGGAUGUGAUAUUAUUAAUGUUUGCACCUGUGUGGUGGUACUGCAAGAGUAUUCAACUGAGAGCUACAGUCGGUUGGAAUUGUUGCCAGGAGCAUCUUAACGAUACAGGCAAAGUAAGACGUAUUAUGCCUCCAAAUGAAGUUGUUACCGAAGAAGAAGGGAAAGUGGAAGCGAUUAGGUUUUUCAGCGAAGAUACUACAAGACAAGUUAUGAAGUACAGGGAAAGGUUUCUCACAGGAUCUAAAGAGUUUACGCGUCCGACACCACUACAAUUUCAUCGUCAGCGAUAG